AUGUAUUACAAAGGAAUCUACCACUUAUUCUUCCAAUACAACCCAAAGGGCGCCGUUUGGGGAAACAUCGUGUGGGCCCACUCGGUCUCAAAAGACCUAAUCAACUGGAAAAAAGUCCCACACGCAAUCUCCCCUUCCAAACCUUUUGACAAAUACGGGUGCUGGUCCGGGUCGGCCACGAUCCUACCCGGAAACCGGCCCAUAAUCCUCUACACCGGCAUCGUAGACCAAAACAACACCCAAGUCCAAAACUACGCCAUCCCCGCAAACCUUUCCGACCCGUACCUUCGCGAUUGGAUCAAGCCCAAUAACAACCCGCUCAUAUUCCCCGACCCGUUCACAAACUCGACCUCUUUCCGUGACCCGACAACAGCCUGGCCCGGCCCGGACGGGCACUGGAGAAUCGCGAUUGGCAGCAGGAGAAAGCACAGAGGCCUCGCGCUUUUGUACAGGAGUCGGGACUUUAUGACGUGGACAAAGGCCAAGCACCCGUUGCACUCGACAGCUGGCACGGGGAAUUGGGAGUGUCCCGAUUUUUUCUCUGUCUCCAAAUUGAAGCACGUGUUUAAAGUGAGCCUGGACGAGACUAGAUAUGAAUACUACACUAUUGGUACGUAUGAUGUUGAGAAGGAUAGGUAUGUUCCGGAUGAAGGUAUGGUGGACGGGUGGAAUGGGUUGAGAUUUGAUUACGGGAAUUUUUAUGCUUCCAAGUCGUUUUUCGACCCGAGGAAGAAUAGGAGGAUUUUGUGGGGUUGGGCGAAUGAGUCGGAUUCUACUGACAAUGAUGUUAACAAAGGAUGGGCUGGUAUUCAGCUUAUACCGCGUACGAUUGUGCUCGACCCAAGUGGCGACCAAUUGUUGCAAUGGCCUGUUGAGGAAAUUGAAACUCUUAGAAGGAACAAGGUUGAAUUGAGCAAUUGUAGACUCGAAAAGGGUGAAAAGUUGGAAGUCAAAGGAAUUACAGCUGCACAAGCUGAUGUGAACGUCACAUUCUCGUUCGAUAGCUUGGACAAGGCUGAGCCGUUUGAUCCAAAGUGGGAUAGAUAUGAUGGGCAAAAGCUGUGUAGCCAAAUGGGCUCGACCGUGCGAGGUGGAUUGGGCCCGUUUGGGCUACUCACGUUAGCCUCGAGAAACCUGGACGAAUAUACCCCUGUUUUCUUUAGAGUAUUCAAGGAUCAACACAAGAAGUCGACUCUAAUGGAUGGCAAGACGUACAUGAAGGAUGGUAAACCGGCAUAUCGGCCUUCAUUUGCAGGGUUUGUUAAUGUUGACUUGAAAGACAAGAAGCUUUCUCUCAGGAGCUUGAUUGAUCAUUCUGUUGUGGAGAGUUUCGGUGCCGGGGGCAAAACCGUCAUUACGUCGAGAGUAUAUCCGAUUGUGGCGUUGUAUGAUAAUGCACAUUUGUACGCGUUCAAUAAUGGGACGCAGACUGUGAAAAUCGAGCAAUUGAGUGCGUGGUCGAUGAGCAAGCCUCUGCAGAUGAACCAUUGAGAGAUAUGCUCA